AUGCCGCCGAUUGGGAACAUCUCCCCGGGAGGGAGCAUAGCUCUAGGAAUCCUCGUUGGCCUCAUCUCGACCAGUGUCCAAAGCCUCGGCCUCACUCUGCAGCGGAAAUCGCACAUACUCGAAGACGAAAAGGGGCCACACGAUGUCCGCCGGCCGCCGUAUCGCAGAAGGAGAUGGCAGGUGGGCAUGGCCAUGUUUGUCAUUGCCAAUAUCCUAGGCAGCACCGUGCAGAUUUCGACGCUACCUCUGCCCGUCCUCUCGACCCUCCAGGCUGCCGGCCUGGUGUUCAACUCGAUAUGCGCGACGCUCAUCCUCAGCGAGCCCUUUACCCGAUGGUCACUCUGCGGCACGCUCCUCGUCAGCAGCGGCGCCGUCUUGAUCGCCUUCUUUGGCGCCAUUCCCUCUCCGGCCCACGAGCUGGAUGAGCUGCUGGAGCUGCUGGCGCGAAAGCCCUUCAUCGUCUGGAUGAUUAUACAGGCUCUGUUUGUCGUGACGUUGGCAGUCGUCACCGAUGUCACCAGCAGCGUCUCCAGCCUGUCGCACAAUGCCAGGUUUCGCCUCAUCCGUGGCAUCAGCUACGGUGUCAUCAGCGGAGACCUCUCUGCGCACUCGCUGCUGUUUGCCAAGUCCGCCGUCGAGCUCCUCAUCAAGACGAUUGGCGGCAAGAACCAGUUCCUUCGCUGGCAAUCCUGGGCCAUUGUCCUGGCCCUCGUCUCUCUGGCCCUCUGCCAGCUGUACUACCUCCACCGCGGCUUGAAACUUGUUUCCACGUCUGUCCUAUACCCGCUUGUUUUCUGCGUAUACAACAUCAUCGCCAUCCUGGAUGGUUUAAUCUACUUCAACCAGAUGGGCCUCAUUUCAGCGCUCGACGCCUGUCUCAUAACCCUGGGGACCGUCAUCCUUCUCUCGGGGGUCCUCGCACUCUCUUGGCGGCUGAGCGACGAGCAGCACGCGCCGGCACUUGGUCAGUCCUCGCUGGCUCCUGGCCUUGGGCUCGUUGACGAUACUGAAGGCGAAGAAGAGUCACUAAUGGGGCCAGAAGCUACGCUUGAGGUCGACGAAGAGCUGCCCUCCACGACGUACCAGACAUUCCCCGUGAUGCACGGCGAAACCGCCCCGCUGACCCCGACGAGGAAAAAGAGUCUGAGCUGGGUGGAGCGCGACGAAAUCUGGGGUGAACUGCAAGACCAGGAUGAGCCUACCACACCGGCUGGGCGGCUACGAUCGACUACUUUCCCGGCGAGAACCGAGUCGACGCCUUUGCUGCCGCAUGUGAGGAGGGCGAUGAGCGGCGUCAGCGUCACAGACCAGCCGGGCCCGAGCGCGGAUGCCUCGCCUCGAAGAUUUGCCCGACGGCGGAGGAAGAGCACUGGCUUUCCGGGAUUGGUGGCGCGCCGAAACCUGCGCAGGGACUCUGCAUUUUCAGAAACGCUUGGCGGUUUCUUCUCGAUGAACUGGCUGAGGCGCAAUAACAGCCGCGCCUCGGUGAGCGGCGGCGUGUUGCACGAAGGCAACCCAUCGCAACAAGGCUACAGAGACGAGCCAGAAGAGGGUUUCAAUGGCAGGGCCAACGACUCUUAG